UGAAUAAAUAUUCUUCUGUAUAGAUAAAAAAAAUCACCACAAAAUUAUAGGACUUUACAGGUGGCAUUAUUUAAGGCACUGUUUAAUUUUCACAUCAAAUUCACAAAAAAAUUCACAUCAGGUAGCUCCACCCUUUUAGCCUUGGGUGUGGACGGUGAGGAGGAUGUUGUCCUUCCUGUUCCUCAAAAUUUUUGGUGCAUCAUCAUAAGUCCAGACAACUCUCCGAGGAGAUAUUUUGAUCUUCCUUGACUGCCAUCAAAGGUGGCAUCGUUAAGAAGACCUGCAGAUUUAAGAUCAACGAAACCUCUGCAGAUCAUCAAGGACACAUUUUCUUGACGCUAAAAACCACCUUAGCGUCUCUGAGUGCUGGCCAACAGAUUUGUUCAAAUAGCACCAAUUCAUAAAGAGUUUGUUUGGAUCUAACCAUGGAGCCAACAGGACAGAGCAAACCAUCUGGAUCUUUUCACAAAAUCCUCAGACUGGUUCUCUUCAGUGUUUUUAUUCUUGGAUGUUUUGUGACUAUCUUUUUGAUGUACUAUAAGCCACACACCGCCUGGUUAAACCAUCUAUUAGAGUCAUCAGAUUCCACAAAGARCAUCCAGCAUGUUUAUACCGCAACCAAUGACAAAAACAUGACUACAGUUCUUGUCUGGCUGUGGCCCUUUGGAACAAAAUAUGAUACGAGCGUCUGCAGCUCCAUCUUCAACAUCGAGGGCUGCUUCGUUACAGCAGACAGAAACUUCUACAACAAAUCGGUCGGGGUCGUCAUCCAUCACAGAGACAUUGCUGGGGACCUGUCCAACUUGCCGAAAUCACAGAGGCCUCCGUUCCAGAAAUGGAUCUGGAUGAACUUGGAGUCGCCGUCAAAUUCAGCCCAGCUUCCCGGUAUUAAUAAUUUGUUCAACCUGACUCUCAAUUACCGUCGAGAUUCCGACAUCCAAGUGCCUUAUGGGUCUAUUGUAGCAGCAGAUACUGUCGAGGACUUUGUACCACCAAGCAAAAACAAAYUGGUCUGCUGGAUCGUCAGCAACUGGAGUCCCAAUCAUGUGAGGUCAAAAUAUUACAACGAGUUGAGAAACCAUAUUAAAAUUCAAACGUAUGGACGUGCCUUUAACAACUACCUCUCUGACAAAGAUUACACCCCUACUAUGUCUAGUUGUAAGUUUUAUUUGUCCUUUGAGAACUCAGUUCACAUGGACUACAUCACUGAAAAACUCUACGCCCCCCUCUCUGUGGGCACAGUGCCGGUGGUUCUUGGCACGACCAGAGAAAACUACGAGAACUUUGUUCCAAGAGACGCUUUUAUCCACGUGGAUGAUUUUAAGUCACCCAAAGAGCUGGCUGACUACCUGCUUCUUCUGGACAAGAACCAAGAAAUGUACCUUGGGUACUUCAAAUGGAGACGGCACUUUAAAGUAAAGACAGCCCAUUUCUGGGCAGAGCACACAUGUAAGGCCUGUGAUUACCUGAGACGGAAGAACGAAUACAGGGCAUUUAAUAACCUUAACAAGUGGUACUGGGGCUGAUGGACUGCACAGCACUAAUCACCUCUUCAUAACAUACUCAGAGAAAAGUCAAACUGAUAAUUUAAUGGAAUAUUUACAUGAAGAAUGCGAGUAAGCAAAAAUGAAAAAUAAUGUAAAGUUAAAUGUGAAGGUGGUUUAGUAUUUUUGAGAACAAUGUUUGUACUUUAUUUAGAUGUUAUUCUUACAUGUUUUAUGUCGGAUUUGCAUGUCUAAUGCAGGCUAUAUAUCUUUGUGUGAAGAAAUAUUGAAGCCACUUUCAUAAUUGUGCACAUGGGUGUGAUAAGGAGAGCUGGAUUGUUAACUGAUCAAUCAAUUAAUGAUCAGUGAAUGGGAUUUUGUUUACAUAGUCUCUAGAUAAUCUCGCAAAUUUGCGCAAAUUUGUUUCCCCAUAUGUAAAAGAUGUUGCUUUUUGUAAUAUUUAUCUCAAUUGAAAGUGGAGAUCCCAGCAGUGGGUGGAAGUUGUUGUUAACGCAAUAUUGUUGUUUGGUUAGAAGAUGCACUUCUUUACUUUGCACUUCUUUUCUACAAGGGUCUGGUCCCUAUUCAGUGUGAUGAAGUUGCGACUGGAUUUUUGAAUAAAUAAAUUGUGCUGUAUAUAUUUUUAAUAUUCAAAUCUUAUUGUAAGAGUGUGGAAAGCAAAUGGAGCUGUGAUGUCACUUUGUUGGUGAUGCUUUACACAAUUAAGAGGUUUUAGGUAGAAACUGAGAGACACUUAAGCAGGACAACAGACUACAAGCAAGUCUAGUAGCGCCAGAGCAUGAGGUAUUUUUAUAUUAAAUUUGUAACAGAGGGCAAUCUGCUUUCAUUACCUUAUUGAGGAAGUUAUGCCAAAAUGAGCCACAGAUUUUGGCCGAUCCAACAUAAACAUUUUUUUACAGUUUUUCUUGUAUAAAGGCAAAGUCGUCAAUGUAUUUGGAAAUUCAAGGGAAAUACCUUUUUUUUUUUUACAUUUUAUGGGUUUUGUAUUUUUGCUAGAUGUGCUGUGGAUGCGUGUGUGAAUAGAAAAAUGAAGUGAAUAAAGGUACGGGUAAAUGAGCAAACUUGA